AUGGUUAAACAUAAUAAAACAAUUGCAACAAUCUAUAAGCCUCCAGAUACUCCUCUAACAAAUUUUCUUCCAAAAUUUGAUUAUUUUCUGUCCAAUAUGAGUAACACAUUUCUUUUCGGAGAUUUUAAUGUCAACAUUUUUGAUUCUCAAAACAAUUCAGUUAAACAAUAUAUUGCAACAGUUGAAUCUAAUGGUUUUCUUUUGUUAAACUCAAAUCAACAUAAAAUGUUUACACGUCAAGAUAGAGUGCAUAAUUCAUAUUCUGCCAUUGAUCAUGUGAUUACGGAUGAUUUUCCUUCGCAUAACUUUCAUUUUCUUACAGACUCUAUUCUUAAUGUCGAUCACAAAGCUAUUAUUCUUAGGGUGUUUAAUCAGACUCAGGUCUCACACAAACGCAUGAAUAAACUGUUGACAUUUCACAACAUAAAUCACGAACGCAUAAUUUCUACACAAGCUUUGAGUGAAGUCGAUGAUAGUUCCUUUGAUGCGUUGAUAGAUGAUUUUGUUUGCGUACUUAAAUCAAAUACUGAUGUAACCAACGUUAGAGAGAAGUUUCGCAAGCCUUUUAUGAGCAUUGAUUUAUUAAAUCUAAUGAAAAUUCGAGAUAAUUAUCGUAAACUAUUUAAAAAAUAUAACACAGAAGAAAUGAGAAUUAGAUAUCAUUAUUACAAAAGAGCUGUUACAACGCAACUCAGAGAGGCGAAAAAAUCUUUUUUCACGGAAAAAAUCAGUGAAAAUAUAACCGAUCUAAGAAAAACAUGGAAGUAUUUAAAUAACAUUAUAUAUAAUCGUGAUACUCUAUCUAAUGAUUCAGAUGACGUUUCUUUAAUAACUCUUAAUGGAAAAAAUCUUACGAAUAAACACUCUAUAACUGAAGCAUUCAAUCGGCAUUUUGUUACAGUAGCAAGCAAUAUCAAAGCUUCGCUUCCCACUACUAAUUUCGAUCCUAUGUUUCAUGAUUUUGAUAUUUCUGAUGCGUUUAUCGACACAGCCACCUCUGAAGAUGAGAUUCUUACCAUAAUUGAUAAUAUGAGGAGAAAAUCGAUACCAUGUUUUGAUACCUUCAAUCUUAACAUUUAUUGUAGAAAUCACAAAAUUGAAAGAGUAAGUAAGUACAAGACUCUUGGUCUUGUGCUUGAUGACAAACUCAAUUUUGAUGAUCACGUCCAGGGUAUCUACAACAAAUGUCUUUCUAUGACUUUUGCUAUAAAAAGAACAAUUCAUUCGAUGAAUAUCCAACUUGCAUACCAGCUCUACUUCGCGCAUAUCUAUUCUCACCUAAUAUUUUUAAAUCCAUUAUGGAGUUCAUACUUACCUGUUGAGAAGAACAUGCUUUGUAAGUUGAAUUCACAAGCUAAGCUUAUACAAUUACAAUACAAUAAUAUCUACAAAUUUACGAUACAACAAACAGUCUCUGCUAUCGAUACCAGAUGA